AUGUUCUUCUCCGUCGCCCUCCUGGGGCGCGCGGCCAAGCGCCUUGGUUACCUGCGGCUGACCACCAAGCGCGCCAAGAAGGGCUACUACAAGGGGAAGGGGGCCAUCGCGCCGGGGCGGCACACCAAGCGAGGGUACAAGCUCGACCCGCUGCGCAGGCCGAACUUCAUCACGCCGGAGAUCGACCUCGCGUCGUUCCCGCUGAAACCCUACGUCGCCAAGACGGUGCCGAAGAAGCCUCUGCUGGUGCCAGGAGGUCCCCCGGGAGCGGCGUACAGCACCCUCACCCGCUGA